AUGUUGCUUGAUAUAAUGAAAAAAAAUAAAUGCAACGAGGUGUAUUUAAUAGCGGAAAUCGGUCAAAAUCAUCAGGGCUGUGUUGAAACAGCUAAAAAGAUGAUACUAACAGCAAAGAAAGCAGGAUGCAAUUGUGUUAAAUUUCAAAAAUCCGAUUUGAAAGCGAAGUUUACUCGCAGUGCCCUAGAUCGAAGAUAUAUAAGCGAUCACUCCUGGGGUAAAACCUAUGGGGAACAUAAAGAAUAUCUUGAAUUUACAAAGGAACAGUAUCGUCAGCUGCAAGCGUAUAGUAAUGAAAUUGAAAUUGAUUUCACAGCAUCUGCCAUGGAUGAGACAUCUCUGGAUUUUCUAUGCGAUUUAAAGGUACCUUUUAUAAAAAUUGGAUCUGGGGAUGCAAACAAUUUUCCACUUCUUACAAAAGCUGCUAAACUCAGCAUACCGUUAGUAAUAUCAACUGGAAUGCAAACUAUGUCGACAGUUGAUAAAAUCGUCGAAAUUAUGAGGCAGGCUGGCAAUAAUAAGUAUGCUCUAAUGCAUUGCGUCUCAGCCUAUCCGACACCAUCUAAUGACUGCAACAUACGUCUCAUCGCAACAUUAAUGCGACGUUUUCCCAAUGUUACUAUUGGAUACUCUGGCCAUGAGCUGGGUGUAGUCAUCACCCAAGCAGCGAUUUUGACUGGCGCGAGGAUAAUUGAGCGACAUUUUACAUUGGACAAGGGCCAAAAAGGGUCUGAUCACCGUUGCUCUCUCGAUCCCGAUGAGAUGCAGACGCUGGCCCGCAGCAUAGAUGAAUUUAAAUCUAAGGAUUACCUCUCCAUUUCAACCCGCAGUGCCACUGAAGUGAUUUCAAUCUUACGUGGCGGACAUCAGCUGGAACAAGCCCUCGAUGAAUCCAAUGCAAAUGAAAAAUAUAUUUUAGACAGCGAACUGCCUUGCCGCCUCAAAUUGGGCAAAUCAAUUGUCGCAUCUCGAAAUCUGCCCGAGGGACACAUAAUUCAAGCAGCUGAUAUUGCAAUAAAAGUCAGCGAGCCACCGGGUAUUUUUGCAGAGAAAUUUUUUGAAAUAAUUGACAAACAGCUGAAGCAGAGAGUUAAUGAAGAUGAGCCCAUAACUGAGCAUGCGUUGAGCAUAUAA